AUGUGUGGGUUUUGUCGAAUCUCUUUCUGUUCUCGGCUGAUGAAGGAGAUCAAGCUCGCCAUAGACAGUGGGUCAGCGCCCGCUACAGUCACGGCCCCGCCGCACCCGCUGGCGCUGCGGUGGAUCAACUACCAGCGCGAGAAGGAGUUCAUGGCCAACAAAGAGCUCUCCCUCCCGGCCGUUCACUUAUUUCGUGCCGGGAGCAGCUUUAUUUACCGCGGGCCACUCACAGCGCGCCACGUGUUGCAGGCUGCGGCGCGUGGGAUGGCGAUCCAGGAGGAUUGGCUGCCGAUUCGGAGGGUCGGGAGCUGGGAGGAGUUGGUACGGGUUGGGAAUGGGUCGAGAGUGGUGCUGGCGCUUGUGGAGCGGUGCGGGUGGUAUGAGGAGUUUUUUGGGGAUGGGGCGCGUGGUGGGGGUGAGGGGAAGGGGGAGAGGAGGGAGGGGGGAGAGGAGCAAGAAGGGAGAAGGGAGGAGAAAGGGGACGAGGAGGAGAGAGAGGAGGGGAUGGAAGGGAGAAUGGGUAAGGAUAGCAGGAAGGAGGAGAGCCAGGGGGAAGAAAGCAGGGGUGAGGAUAGCAGGGGUAAGGAGAGCAGGGGUAAGGAGGAGAGCAAAGGGAAGGGAAUUGUGGCAGUGAGUAGUAGCAAGGGGCCUGUUUGUGAGGCAGACAUGGGUGAAGGAGCAUCAUCGCCACCACCACAAGAGGCACCUGCAUUGAUGCAGUGCACUGUUCAUGAAGGCAAGGAGGAAGAGGGUCACUCAGAGCAAGCCUCGGAACAAAGCUUUAAACAAGGCCCGGAGCAAGGUUUGGAACAAGGCCCGGGGCAAGGCUCGGAACGAGGUGUGGUGAGAAGCAACGGCGAGGAGAGCUCCCAUGAGGGGGUUGCUGCUACUGCUGAGUUGACUGAGGGGCCUGCACGUGGUGCAGUCAACAAGUUAGUGAGCGGCGUCGAUGAUAGGCCAAAGGGUGCAGGAGAGAAUAGGGCAGGGGAGACGCGAGAUGAACAGCUGGAGGAACCUUUAGAAGAACCUUCAAAGGAGCCUUCAGAAGAACCUCCGAAGGGCAUUUCUGAGGAUCGAUCGACUGAAGCUUCAGAGAAGAACCUGAAGGGGGAGCCUCAGGAGCCCCAGAAGCGGUUAACGGAAGGAGCGUCAUCGUCAUUAUCGAAAUCCGCGGCGGCACUGUCAGGGGGGUGGGUGGAGUGUGGGAGCGAGCAUGCGAGGAAGGAGUUGAAGCGUGUGGUGGGAGAGUUGAAGACAGUGGUGCAGGGGCACGCGCUGACUCCCUCCCAGGCUGUGGUUGUGCUCGUUUCAGACCCUCUUCUUGCCGCACAGGUGCUGGGGAAGGUGGAUGGCACAAGAGGUGGUAAAGUAGGGGAAGAAAACACUAGACAGCACGAGAGGCAAGAGAUUGAGGGGCAGCAAGAGCAGCAACUCCAGAAGCAGCAGCAGCAGCAGCAGCAGCAGCAGCAGCAGCAGGAAGAGGAGGAUCAGCAGGAGGGGCAGCAGGAACGAGUGCUGGGGGAAAACCAAAAGCGUCAACAUCAGGAGAAGCAGGAAGGGCAGCAGAAAAAAGCAAUGCUUGAGAAGCUAGCAGAGGCUAAAGCGGAGAAGGUGGGGAGGGCGCGAGGGUGGUUUGAAUACCCAUGGCCAUCGGAACCGCAGCAGUCCGGAGAGACCCUGUCCGUAGAAGACUGGAUGCAGAGCCUUCCCCGACCUGUUGUUCAGGAGGUUACCCCGGACGCCUACAGCUCAUCUUUCAACUCCAAGCGCCCGUCUGUGCUUCUAUUCCUAGACUCUUCCAUCCCCGCCUCUCUUCCCGCAACUCCCAAGUCUUCCUCCUCUUCGUUCUCAGCCGUUUCAACAGCAUCAGCAGCCAAAGCAGCAGCUGCAGAAGCAGCAGCAGCAGCAGCAGCAGCAACCACAACCUCCUCCACUGUUGGCAAAGAAGCAGCACCAGGAGCACAAGAAGCAGCAGCACCAACAGCAGCGGCAGCAGCAGCAGCAGCAGCAGCAGAAGCAGCAGGAGCGGCGACUGCUGCUGCUGCUGACGCUCUUCUGAGAGUGGCACGGGUGUUUGCACGAGAGGAGGAGGUGAAACGACGAGCAGCAGCUGUUGCCGUGGCUGCAGCAGCACGAAUGAGGAAACGUGCAGCUGCUUCAGGGGCCAAUCGCACUGCUUCUACUGCCCAAGAUGCUGCUGAUGCUGCAGCUAAAUCUGCUUCGACUCUUCAUGGUAGAGGAGGAGGAGAAAGGGCAGGGGGAGGAGGAGAGAGAGGAGGAGGAGGAGGGGAAGGAGGAACAGGGGUAGAAGACAAGAAGGGGGGUCAGUUGGUGCUUGAGGAUGGGGGAGGGGCAGGGGGGACGGGGAGGCCGGGGGCAGGAGGCGCAGGUCUUGUGAGGGCGGAUGCUAGGCUGCUGCAGGUGCUGCAACACGCGUUGCAACAAGGAGGGUUGCAAGGGUUGGGUGCUGCGCUGCAGCAGCAGCAGCAGCAGCAGCAGCAGCAGCAGCAGCAGCAGCAGAAGGAGAAGGAGAGAGCGCAGGGAGGAAUAUUGCAGCAGGUGCAGCAGCAGUUGCAGCAGCAGACGCAGGAAGGGCAGCAGGCAGAGCAAGGAGUGCAGGUGCAAGUACUGCAGCAGCAGCAGCAGCAGCAGCAGCACUUAGUGACGAUACAGUUGGGUCCACAGGAGCUUGCGGCUGGUGAUCUGGGGUCAGUGCUUCGAGCCGCGAUGCAACAACAGGGGCAGGUGCAGCAGCAAGGAAAGGUGGGAGAGAUUCAAGAAGAGGGAGAGAGGCAACACGAUGCAGAGUUGCAACAAGAGAAGCAGGCAGUGGGGGCAGUGCAACAGCAGCUGCAAUCGCUGCAGCAAGCACUGGUGCAGGAACAGGGGCAGCAGCAGGAGGGGAAUCAGUGGGUGCAACCCACAGAUGAAUAUGGGACUAGGGUGAUUAAGAAGGGCAAGGAAGAGCAUGCUGAAGGUGGGAAUAAAGUAGCUGAUUACGGGAGGGAGAUUGUGCAGAAGGAAGAGCGUUGUAUAGGUGGAAACAAUGAAGCUGAUGCUGGGAAUGGGGAGAUUACGGAGGAGAGGGAAGAGCAUGUGAAAGAUGCGGAUGAGGCGCUUAGUGGCGAUGGCAGCAACGAAGUUAGGGAGGCCUAUAAUGAAUUGGAGGGUGCGGAAUCGGGGGCUUUUGGGUUGAAUGUGUUGAGUGAUGGGAAGGUAAGGCAGGGAGACAAGAAUGAGGUGAGCAGGGAAAAGAAGGGGGAGGAGGGAAAAGGUGAGGAGGUUGAAGCAAAGUGUAGAAUGGAGGAGGAGGAGGGUAGCGAGGGCGUUUGCCGACCACUGCAACAGGUGUCGGAAGCAGGGACUGAUGAGCCAGAAGGGGUAACCCAAGAUGACCCUGCUGCUGCUGCUGCUACUGCUGGUGGUGGUGGUGCUUCUGCUGCUGCUGCUUCUGCGAGUGCUGGCACUGGUGCCAUUCCUACCAUGGAGUGGGAGGAUCUGAUGGGGCCAGAGGCGGAGGAGAAGUGGAUAGACGACCUGCCCUUCUCCUUCUUCAUUGUGGACCGGGAUGACGCUCUAAGAGACCGGCUCAUCCCACCCGUCCCUGCGCAUGCACCUCCCUCCGUCUCUUCCUCCCCCACCUCCUCCUCCUCCAACGUUUCCUCUUCCUCCUCUUCCCCCUCUUCCCCCUCUUCCCCCUCGUCCACCUCUAAUCCCUCUUCCUCCUCCGCACCCACGUCCUCUCCCUCUCCCCCACUCUCUGCCGACCUCCCUGCUCUCGCUGUCCUCCACCCCUCGCAAGACUCAGUCUUCCUCUACCCUGGCACUCCCACGGACGCAGCAUCUCUCCUCUCCUUCCUCCGCGCAAUCUUACAGGGCCGAGUGCAGCGAUCCUCCCGCUCCUCCCCCCGCCCCCCUCCCCCUCGCCACACUCCCCCUGUGCCGUUUCUCAACACGGAUUUCCGGGAGAUUGAGGGGGUGGAGAGGGUGUGUGCGCAGGAUUUUAUUCACCUGCUGCGGGAGCGGCGGGGGGAGUAUGAGCGGGUGAUGGGGCAGUGGCGGCGGUGGCGGCAGCAGCAGCGGUGGGUGCGGGAGCAGCGGCGUUUGGUGAGGCGGCAGAGGAGAUGGCGGAGGGAGGUGAAACAGCAACAGGCAGGGUUGAAGGAGGAAGUCAGGAGAGGGGACGGUGGAGGAAAGGAGGAAUCAGGGAAUCAUCAGCAGCAGCAACAGCAGCAGAAGCAGGAGCAGCAGCAGAAGCAGGAGCAACAGCUGCAGCAGAAGCAUGAGCAGCAGCAGCAGCAGCAGCAAGUGCAUGCACAAAAUACUGGUGCUGCUGCUGCAGCUGCUUCUUAUCAGGUGGACCCACGGCCUCUGGCACUACUACUGACCACCCCUUGGUGUGGCUUCUGCCGGCGCAUUGAACUCGCCUUCCGAGAAGCCCACCGCGCUCUGCUCAUGCUCCCAGCAGUGCCAGCACAGCAGCAGCAAGAGCAGCAGCAGCAGCAAGAGCAGCAGCAGCAGCAACAGCACCAGCAGCAGCAGAAGAAGCAGCAACAGCAAAGUGCGUCAACUGAGAGACAAACAGAGACAGUGGUGGGAGCAGCUGCAGCAGAUAGUGCUGAGAAUAAAAUUUCAGCCUUCCCUGUCGUCGCGCUGAUCCCUCCCUUGCCAACACUUCCGCCACCCACUGCAAGCACCACCACCACCACCCUUGAUCCUGCUUCGAACGCCACCACCGCUUCCUCUUCUCCUUCUUCUUCCACACCCGCUCAUCCUUCUGCUGAUGCGCCUAACCAUUUCAACUCCACCACACCUUCCAUACCUGCUGCUGCUGCUGCUACUGCUACUGCUGCUGCUGCUGCCCCUGCUGCAGCUGGGGGUGGUGGAGACGGGGUAAGGAAGGGAGAGGGGGAGGUGGUGAGGGGAUUGCAGAGCAAUGAGGAGAUGGGAGCGAGGGAUACAGAGGAGGCGAGCGAGGAGAGAGAGGUGGCAAAGGAGGGACGGAAUGUAGGCAAAGAGGUAGGGGAGGGGCACGAGGAAGCAGAAGAGGAGGAGGACGAGAAUGAGGGAGAGGAGGAGGAGGAGGAUGAGGAGGAGGAUGAAGAGGGUUAUGCGGAGGGGGAAGGGGCAGCAAGGGGGAAUGAUGCGAGUGUGCCAGUGAUGUACCGAGGCCCACAUGCAGUGCGCCCCUUCAUUGCCUUCCUUCUCAACCACACCACCCUUCCCCCAGCCGCUGCCUCUCGAAUCUUACAAGUCCUACUAGCCACACGCGAACGCCCGACCAUGGUGGGUGGGGCAUCGUGGCCGCACCAGCCACUCACCCAAGACAGCACGGUUGCAUUGACAGAGGGAGCGGUUGGGAUGGGUGGAGAGAGGCAGAGAGUGGCCGUAGACGCAGCAGAGGAAAAGGGGGCUGCAGAUCAGGAGGACGGAGGAAGAGAAAGAGAAGAUGGAGAGGAGGAAGAGGAGGAGGAGGAAGCAGAGAAAGGGGAGGAAGGUGAAGAGAAGGAGGAGCGCGUGGGCAACCAGAGUUUUACCAAGGAGGAGGGCGAGGUGGAGGAGGAGAGGAGGGAGGGGAGGGAGGGGCGGGGUGAGACUGAGAGUGGGGAAGGGAGGAAUGGAGUGCUGCACUUAGAGGGUAAAACACAAGAUGAAGGUAAUCUGUCUCCUUCUCCUCCCCCUAUUUCUGGCCCUGAUUCCACCCACACUGCCGCUGCUGCUGCUGCUGCUUCUCCUGCUCCUACUUCUGCUCUCGCUGCUGCUGCUGCAUCUGCUGGUGAAGGUGCCACACCCAGUGCUCUACCUGCUCCCUCCUCUGCUGACUCCGUUCCAACAGACCCUGACAGCGCCACCUCUCUGCCAGCCCACGCCACUCCCUCGCAACAGCCUGCUGCUGCUGAGGCACAUUAUCGUGGGCAUGAUCAGGAAGCUGCCAGUAGCAGCAGCAGCAGCAGGGAAGAGGCUUUGAGGCGCCUGCAGCAAGCUUCAGAGGCGGACAGUCGUGGGGGAGGUAGCAUUAUGGGGGGGAGUGGAGAGGGAGGUAGUAGCGGUAGUGGUGGCAGUGGUGGCAGUGGUGGCAGUGGUGGCAGUGGUGGCAGUGGUGGCAGUGACGGGGAAGCGCGGAAGUGUGUGGCUGUGGAUAAACCGACUGCUGGGUCCUUCCUUGUUGCUUCAGAGGACCUCAUCAGCUCUCCUAUGUUUGAGCGCACAGUCGUGCUAAUGCUCUCUCUCAACGACUCCGGUCCCAUUGGCCUCGUCCUCAACCGCCCACUCUCCUGGAAAUUCGUCUCCGGCGUGCAAGACUGGCUGCUCUCGCGCGUCUCCUCCGCACCGCUCUCCCUCGGCGGCCCUGUAAUCAACCCCACAAGCGCCUUCGCAGCCCUCACCCGCCGCUCUUCCUUUGCGGGGUUUCAAGAGGUGCUUCGGGGGGUUUAUUGGGGGACUAUGGCGCCGCUUGUGCGUGCCGUGGGAUUGAUUGACGCCGGAAUGACGUUCCCGGAAGAGUUUUGGUUCUUUCUGGGAGUGUCGAGCUGGGGGCCGAAGCAGUUGGAGGACGAGAUUAAGAACGGGUGGUGGUAUGUAGCGGAUUGUGAGCCGGAAAUGAUCCGAUGGCCGACUGAGUGGUCGGAGGAAGUGGAAGCGAGAUCGGGGGUUAGUGGUGGAGGUAAGGCGUCUGAUAAAGAAGCAGGAGGGGGAGGCGGAGGGGGAGGGGGAGGGCGCAAGGAGGCGGAGGCAAUUACUCGCGUGGGGUUCUGGGCGGACGUGGGGCUAACGGGGAUCAAGGGCGUGGCGGGAUGGCUGUCUGGUAGCGCUGCAAUCAUUGCUGAUGCCGCCCACUCCGUGUCCGACGUGGUGCUCAGCUGGGCAACCCUCUGGUCCGUGCAGGCAGCCUCUGUUCCCCGCGAUGCCAACCACCCCUAUGGCCACGGCAAGUUUGAGACAGUGGGGGCGCUAGGCGUGUCACUUCUCCUGAUCGGCACGGGAGGCGGCAUGGCAUGGCACGCGCUGCACCUGCUGCAGGACUUCCUCCCCGUCUCCCUCGACCUGCAUCAUCUGCUCACAUCUGACGCUGCUACUGUUGGGGGUGCUGCCGGUACAGCAGCUGCUGCUGGCGAUGCGGCAGGCUUGGCAGGAGCAGCAGGAGGAGGAGGAGGAGACGCAGGAGGAGUAGGAGGAGGGGGAGGAGCAGGGGCAAUGGGGCAUGGGCAUGCGCAUGGAAUUCUGGGGCAUGUGGCAGGAGGGCAAGAGUACAUGCCGUUGGCUCUUGCGGCAGCAGUGGCAUCCAUAGGGCUCAAAGAGAGCCUGUACUGGGCCACCAAGUGGGUGGCGGAUCGCUACGACAACCAUCUCAUGCGCGCCAAUGCAUGGCACCACCGCAGCGACUCCGUCUCUUCCUUUGCUGCGCUGCUGGGCGUGGGAGGAGCAAUGGCUGGCGUGCCGAUUCUCGACCCCCUCGCAGCUCUUUUUGUGGCUGCACUCAUCACCAAAGCAGGCGGCAGCAUUGCGUACCAGAGCAUUCAAGACCUUGUGGAUGUGGGGGUUUCUGAGAAGGUUCUUGAGCCCAUCAGAGCACAGAUCAUUGCGUCUCCUGGAGUGCUGGGCUGUCACAACCUGAGGGGCAGGCGCAUGGGGCCAUGGCUGCAUGUGGACGCGCACAUAGAGGUGGACCCAUCGCUCACAGUGAGAGCAGCGCACGACAUAGCACUGGCUGCACGGGACCAUCUGCAGCACCACUUCCCCUCCAUCACAGAAGCCCUCUUCCACAUAGACCCAGCAGACGGCAGGGCGCCAUCCCCUCUGCAUCCCACCUGCCCCCUUAACCCGCAAGCCUGGGUCCAAGGGCAGUUAAAUCCCACCGCACCGCCUUCUCCUGCUGCUACUUCUGCUGACGGUUCUGCUGACACUGUCCCCCACAAGGAGCAGUCUCAGGACCAAGACAGUGCUGGGCCGUCGUUGCACCGUCCAUCACCCUCCCACUGA